UCGGUCAUUGACCUUACCACCUCACAAACUAAAAGUUCAAAAUGUUUGCAAUUUAAAUUAUUAUUAAUUAUUUACCGGUAAAAUACGUAUCUGUGAUAAAUUGUGUAUAAAUAAAAAUACAUUAGAACAAUGUUGGGUAAAAAACCAGUUUUGUUUACGGUAAUUGUACUUACGGCAAGUUUUUUCUUUAGAACUCGUUUGGAGGAAUUGUUUGAAAGUUGUAAAAGUUUACUUUUACCACAUGAGAAUAAUAUUGAAGGUAUAUUCUCGCCUGCACAAUUAGCAGAAUAUAAUGGAUUAAAAAAAGAUAAACUAUAUUUGGCUUUAAUGGGUGUUAUUUACGAUGUGACGGAGGGUAAAAGGCAUUACAGCAGCGAUGCACCAUAUCAUUACUUUGUGGGAAAGGAUGGCUCUCGAGCUUUUAUAACAGGAGAUUUUCAAGAUGAGAGUGAAGACAAGGACAAUGUGCUAACGCUGUCCUGUAAUGAGUUGUUUAACUUGAUCAACUGGAAGAAUACCUUAAAAGAAAAAUAUACAUCUUUUGAUUUCUUUGCAGGUUUACUGAUUGGCAGAUUUUAUGAUGAACAAGGAAGAAAAACAGAAUAUUCAAAAUUAUUUGAUGGCAAAAUAGAUAAGUGCACAAUAGAGAAGGAGAUAGCUAAGAAGCAGGAGGCCAAGCUUCCGCCAUGCAACAUGGAGUGGACCUCCAGUGAAGGCACUCGGGUGUGGUGUACAAGGACUAGCGGUGGCAUCUCAAGAGAUUGGGCUGGUCUGCCACGCCAGCUCUACAGCCCUGGGUGUCAACAGCCUAGCUGCGUCUGUGUAAACCCCAAGGAUGAACACUCAUCUACACUUUUGAAGACAUAUGACAAUUGCCUAGAAACAUCAUCCUCAUGUUAUGUUAAGAAUUAACAUUAUAAGUAAAUGGUGAUAAUAGUAUUACAGUAUUGGUUUUAAGGAAUCUUAAAUAAAUUGUUUUAUUUAUUGAA